AUGGAGCGGCGCGUCGUCGUGUUGGCGCUGGGGGUUGCAGCGGUCGUCGCGGCCACCACGCUGCGUGGGGCGCGUCUCUUGCCCACCCCCGACGUCGUCCCGCUGGACCCGAUCGGUACCUUCUUGGAAGAGAACCUCCCCGAGUUGGCCGACGCUUUGGUAUCGUCAUCGUCACUGGUUGUGGCAGAUACUGUGGGGCUUGCGGCCAGUCUUGGUGAAGCCACGAGCGCUGCUUCCUCCACCGACGGCGAUGUGAACGACCUCAUGAAGACUCUGCAAGGGACCACCAUGGACGGUAUCGACGACGAGAACAACAACGAUGCGUAUGAGAUCAUUCAGAAGACGCUGCUCUGCGACCGCCGGCUGGGCAACUGCACCCAGUUCAUCCUCAUGUACACGACCAAUGGCACCGAAGACGACGGCGCGACGGUGGUGCCGUAG